AUGAGACCGACGAGCCCGUCUCAAGCCAGUAUCGUUGAUGACGUGGCGCAAGGAGUCGGUUUACCGGCGAUUUUGACUGCUGAGACGACGAAGCUGAUUCAUCGGGACGUCGCGACGAGCAAGAGGAUGCAAAGCAAUUCAGUCCUGUACUGGGAGAAAUCUCUCAUGAUUCAGAAAAAGGAAGUUGAGCGGGUUAAGAGCCCGCUAUACAGUACAGGCCCCGUUGAUGGAGAUAUCAGUUAUUGGAAGGCUCUGCUUUUUGGACCCGCAGGAUCUCCGUACGAGAACAGAGUUUUCCUAAUUGACAUGCACUUUCCUCCCCUUUACCCGUUCAAGCCACCAAAGGUCUUCUUCAGUACAAAGGUCUUUCACCCCAACGUAGGAGAUCGUGGAGAUAUCUUCCUACGGAUGCUCAGUACCGACUAUUACUCGCCCAGUAGCACCAUCCAUAAGGUUCUCACAAAAAUUCAUGAGAUGCUGAGCAACCCAGCAUUGGGUGAGGGAUAG